UAAUAAUAAAUCCUAUUUUUCAUUCUUCCAUUUCUGAUCGGCUGUUCACGACGGAAGCUCCUGUUCAUCGCCGCCACUCCGCACGAUUCGGAUCCACUUCCGAGCUCGAAUUUCAAAUCCUUGAAAUCUCAGCUUCAAAAUAUUUUUCCCGUACCUUUACCAUUUUGAAUAUUUCAGUUCGCCCCACAAAAAUUGGCUUGUGUUUCGAAAUUUUUUAGCGCAGUGAGAUUCGCUGUUAGCUCGGGUCAAUUUCGCUCGAGCUUCCAAGUACACGUGGCGAUCUGGCUUUUCCUCAAGCCCAUUACCAGCACCGAUCUCGUUAGUAGACAUUGAAACGAAGUUAGAUGAGAGAAUGGAGUCUUUCACAUUGAUAAACAAGCUGGGUGGGUCAUAGGCUUUUGUUUCAGAAGUUCAGAUCUGAAGUGACUUGGGUUCCUUCAUGGAAGCAAGCAAAGAGGAGGAGGCUCAUAAAGCAAUAGAAAUUGCUGAGCAGCGAUUUGCUCAGAGAGACUUUGCUGGUGCAAAAAAUUAUGCAUUGAAAGCUAAAACCCUAUGUCCAGGAAUGGAGGGUAUAGCUCAAAUGGUGGCAACAUUUGAAGUUUACGUUGCUUCUGAGAUUGAAAAUAAUGCUGAAAGAGAUUAUUAUUCAAUUCUCGGAUUAAAACCUUCAGCUGAUGAAGAUAGCAUCAAGAAACAGUACAGGAAGAUGGCUGUGUUGCUCCACCCAGAUAAGAACAAAUGUGUAGGAGCUGAUGGAGCAUUUAAGCUUGUAUCCGAAGCGUGGACAUGGUUGUCAGAUAAUGCUAAGCGCAGUUCUUAUGAUCUCAAGAGAAAUGCACAACUAUCUGCUGGGGUUAAUCAGACAAAUUUGUCUUCAGUCCAUGCUACAGGAGCUACAGGUUAUACUUAUAAUAAAUGUUCCAAUUAUUCAACCUCCCAUGGUAGGCUUGACACUUUCUGGACAAUUUGCACUUCGUGUAAAGUUCAGUAUGAGUAUCUACGCAAAUAUGUGAAUAAGAGACUUUCAUGCAAAAACUGUCGUGGUACUUUCAUUGCUGUUGAAACUGGGGCACCCCCUGCAAAUGGUUCCUUCCCAUAUGGUCCUUGGUCUUGUACACUGAGUAAUAGUUAUGGAAGCCAUUCGAUUGAUGGAGUUACGUAUGUCCCUACUAGCGCUCCUUAUUUUAAUGGAAAUGGAGUCACUGGAUAUCAUUCUGGACAUGGAUACGAGUAUGUUCCAAAUGUUUCAUUUCAGUGGAGCUCAGCAAGACAUGUCAAUCAAAACGGACCAACUUCAUUACCUGCUGCUGGUUCAGUAUAUCAGGCCAAUGGACAUGCGAAGCGAGGGAGACCAAGAAUUAGAUCAGAAGUCGAUAGGAGUCACCAUGUGGGAGAGACUGUUCUCAAUAUAAAUCCAGAUUUAUCACAUUCUUGUUAUGAUCCGCAGGAAGUUAAUCCCAGUAAGCCUGACAAGAGAAGGAAAGUUGUUGCGGAAGCCGGCUGCAGAAAUAACAUUGAGGAUAAUGACUUGAAAGUUGCUCCAGAAUCAAGAUUGGCCAAUAAAAAUGAAAGCAUUGGGCAUUGCCCUAAGCUUUCCAGUACAAGUGAAGUUCAGUCCAAACAGUCUUCCAUGGAAUUGGUGUUUGACACUAGAAAAGCAUUAAUUGAGAAGGCCAGAAGAGAAAUUAGAAAAAAACUGGAAGAGAUGAAGUUGAAAUCUGAAACGGCUGCUGCAGUUAAGGAGAAAGAAAAAGCAAAAGCUGAAGUCAUUCAAGACAAAAAAGACACAUAUGGACGGCCAAGUCUAAAUUUUUCUGGUCAUCAACUAGAGCAUAGGAAAAGCGGUCCAGUCUCAAUCACUGUCCCAGAUUCUGAUUUUCAUGACUUUGAUAAAGACAGGUCAGAGGAAUGCUUCAAGCCAAAGCAAAUAUGGGCCUUGUAUGAUGAGGAGGACGGAAUGCCUCGAUUGUAUUGUAUCAUCCGGGAGGUCAUUUCUACCAAUCCAUUUAAGAUUCAUAUUAGUUACUUAAGCUCCAAAACUGAUAGUGAGUUUGGCUCAGUGAAUUGGCUAGAUUCAGGUUUUACUAAAUCUUGUGGAAAUUUUAGGGCCUGGAGCUCUGAUAUUGUUGAGCAUGUUAACAUUUUUUCUCAUGCUCUUAGCCGUGAGAAGGCUGGUCGAGGUGGUUGUGUUCGUAUAUAUCCUAGAAUAGGAGAUAUUUGGGCUGUUUACCGAAAUUGGUCGCCAGACUGGAACAGAGGCACCCCAGAUGAAGUGAGGCAUCAGUAUGAAAUGGUGGAGGUUCUUGAUGAAUAUUCUGAGGAGUUUGGGGUUUGUGUGACUCCCCUUGUAAAGUUAGAUGGAUUCAAAACAGUAUAUCAGAGGAAUCCUGACAAAAACGCCAUUAGAUGGAUACCGAGAAGAGAAAUGUUGCGCUUCUCGCACCAAGUGCCGUCGUGGUUCGUCAAGGGAAAAGGAAGCCAUUUGCCAGAAAGGUGCUGGGACCUGGAUCCAGCUGCCACCCCAGAUGGACUUCUUCAUGCUGCAACUGCGGAAGGAAACGGUUUGUAGGCAUUAUUGAGACAAGUAAUUUGAUUAUCACACUUUAGCAUUCUUGGGACAAUAUUUAGAUUUAACUGUACAAUAUGUCACAUUUGGUUAGAGACCAGACCAAAGAGACAUUAACCACGGAUAUUCUUAGAGGAUGAGACUUUAAAACAUGUCUCUAGACUUUAGCAAUUGCUUGUUUACUGAAGUGUCUUGCUGCCAUAGGAACUGUAACUGUUGUGACCCUUCGACACUCCCUGUAACUUUUUAUGGUCAAGAAUUGAAAGUAUGAGUUAAACACGUUUUA